AUGAGUUCCCCGUGUGCUCGGGUGAGACGGGUGGGGCUCUUUGGGGGCACUCACGGCAAUGAAUUAUCGGGGGUGCUCCUGGUCAGGCACUGGCAGCAGGAUGGAGCCGAGAUCCAGAGAGCAGCAGUGGAGGUGAAACCAUUCCUCACCAACCCCAGAGCUGUGGAGAGGUGCACCAGGUACAUUGACUGUGAUCUCAACCGGGUUUUUGACCCCGAGAGUCUUGGCAGGCCAGUGGUGGAAGAUAUUCCAUAUGAAGUGAGGAGGGCUCAGGAAAUCAAUCAUAUAUUUGGUCCCAAAGGUAGUGAUGAUGCCUAUGACCUUAUUUUUGACCUUCACAACACCACUUCUAACAUGGGUGGUACCAUUAUUCUUGAAAACUCCAGGGAUGACUUUACAAUUCAAAUGGUUCAUUAUAUCAAGAACGCUCUGGCUCCAGAACCUUGUCCUGUUCUGCUGAUUGAACAUCCCAGCCUGAAAUAUGCAACAACUCGGUCUGUGGCAAAACAUCCUGUUGGUGUCGAGGUGGGGCCCCAGCCACAAGGUGUUGCUAGAGCUGAUGUUUUGGACAAAAUGAGGAAGAUUGUCAAACAUGGCCUGGAUUUUGUGCAACUUUUUAAUGAAGGCAAGGAAUUUCCACCGUGCACAAUCGAGGUUUUUAAAAUAAUGGAGAAAGUAGAUUAUCCCAGGAAUAAGAAUGGUGAAAUUACUGCAAUAAUUCAUCCUAAACUACAGGAUCAAGACUGGCAGCCACUGAAGAAUGGUGAUCCUGUAUUUUUGACUCUUGAUGGAGAAGUAAUUCCAUAUCAGGGGAACUGUACAGUCUAUCCUACAUUCAUUAAUGAAGCUGCAUAUUAUGAAAAGAAACAAGCUUUUGUGAAAACAGAGAAAAUUAAACUCACUGCAAAACACCUCAGGUUGUCAGUCUCAGAGCAGAGCACUUCUUAA